AUGAACCCGCACCUCCGCCUCCUCCUCCUCCUCCUGGCCGUCGCCGCUCUAUGCCAAGGUGCGCCGCUGGCCGGGGAGCUGCGCUGCCGCUGCGUGCGGACCGUGUCCGAGGUGAUCCCGCCGCGGCGCCUGGCGCGCCUGGAGUUCCUCGCCGAGGGACCGCACUGCGCCGUGCCCGAGGUCAUAGCCACGAUGAAGCAGGGACAGCUGAUCUGCCUGGACCCCGCCGCACCCUGGGUCAAGCUCCUGGUCACCAGGAUCCUCCGCAGUUCAUCCAACAAGCUCUGA